AUGCUGCCGGCCUCCAUCCAGAUCACGGGCGAGCUGCUGUCGGCGGCCGAGGUCCAGGACAUCUGCGAGAGCCUGAAGGAGGACGGCGUGCGGCUGCUGUCCGUCCGCGGCUGCCAGCUCUCCGACCGCGACUUCGGACGCGUCUGCCGCAGCGUGGCGGAUUCGCGCUCGCUCGCUCAGCUCAACCUGAACCUGGGCGUGGUCUCCAGCAUCAGCCGGACGCGGCACCUGGCGGACGCCCUGAAGACCAACCGCUCGCUGCAGACACUGUUUCUCCACGGCAGCCCGCUGCUGGACGCCGGCCUGGUGACCCUGAACCCGGCGCUGUCCACCCACCCGGCGCUGGUCUGUCUGGAUCUGGGAGACUGCAUGCUUGGAGACGAGGCGCUGGGUCUGAUCUGUGGGAUGCUGCCGCCGGACGGAGCAAAGUCAGGUCUGAGGGAGCUGACUCUGAGCGCUAACCCAGGAAUCAGCUCCAAAGGCUGGGCUCGCCUCGCCAUCGCUGUGGCUCACAGCUCACAGCUCCGAGUGCUCAACCUGGACUACAACCCGCUGGGUGAUCAGAUUGCGGGGAUGCUGGCGGUUGCAGUGGCGUCCAGCAGAACCCUGGAGGUCCUGGACCUGGAAGGAACUGGACUGACGAACCAAUCAGCACAGGUCAACCAAUCACAGAGUUCCUUCCUCCUCUUUACUCCACCGCCGUCCUCAGUGUCCCU